AUGCGGACCUUUCAUACACCUCUUACUAUUAUUGAGACGCUGGCUAAGUCGCGUGGGGAUGCUGCAGCAGUCAGAUAUCUGUUACCUGGUUCUUCUACGGAAUACAAGACGAUCACAUAUUCUGAGUACUUUAAUGAUGUUGAGAAUGCGGCAAAGUCAUGGUUAUCUGUGUUAUCCCAUGCAGGUAUUGCUAAGGGUGCCGUAAUCGGAAUCUGGAUGAGGGGAUGGUCAUACCAGGAUCUUCUACACUAUCUGUCACUCCAAAGAGCUGGCUACAUUCCGCAACUCUUCUCACUUCGCAUGACGAACCCAGCGGUUGUUUACGAACUUCUGCGUAAGAGCAACGCUGAAGCAUUGAUCUAUGACUCAAGCUGUGACUCUUUAGUGAAGGACUGCCCGGUUCCGACAUUUACCAGCGAAAGAAAUCUGGGGAAAACUGCGCCUCAGGAUCGUGAGCUUGAAAAGGUGACCACUGCUUCGAACGGCGAUCAAGUCUCAGUCAUCUUUCAUACUUCGGGCUCAACUUCAGGAAUCCCAAAACUUGUUCCAACUACUGUGAGAUGGAUGGACUGCUUGAUUCGCAAGAACAAACCAUAUACACGCGCCGGACCGCAGCCUGUGUACUGCCUCAUGGGUUCUCAUGCCCAUGUAGGCAACACCAUCAACCUUACAGAAGCACUGGCAAACUCAGGCUGUUUGAUCGUACCAAAUAGUAUUCCCUAUCCAACUUCUGAGCUGCAGAGCAUGAUUACACAUGGUGGAUUGACGGCCUUUUACAUCUUCCCGGUCCUUCUCUCUGUCUUCAUCCGGGAAGCACGCACCAACGGCGUUUUGCUUGAGCAACUUCAGAGUUUACAUCACAUCUUCCACGCUGGGCAAGUUUUGGAGCCGUCGGAUCAGGCUUGGGCUCAUCGACAAGGGAUCAAGCUUGUUGAUACCUACGGUUCCACCGAGAUUGGACUAUCGAUGCGCGCAUCUGCCACUUCCCAGUACCUCACUCCAUUUCCAGAGUCGGGUUGUGAGUUCAUCCCUCUUAGAGAAAACUUAUCUUCAUCCGAUCAACUUCUUGAACUUGUCAUCCCCGCUGACGCAGAUGACUGUCCUCAUUCGUCACUCAGGGAUAAGACAGAUGGCAAGUUCCAUACUGGUGACCUCUUCCAAAGAGUCGCCGACGAUCAGUACUUGUACAAAGGACGAGUUGAUGAUAGAAUUAAGAUGCAGCUGUCUCUGGUAUGCGACGCAGGGUCGCUUGAGGCAGAAGCAAUGCAAGUCUGCCAGGGUGAUCUGAUCUCUGCUGCAUCCGUCAUUGGAUAUGGACGUCCCAGUCCAGCAAUUAUCAUCGAACCCAAGAGUGACGAAAUAUUACAAUCGGGCGAUGACAAUUUGGCAAAAUUCAAGAAAGAGGUCCUGUACAGGAUAUCGCCGUUUCAUGAGCGUAAGUAUCUCCACGAGCGAAUUGAUGAUCCACGCCUAGUCUUUGUUGUACCCCAGGGAACACUGCCAAGAACAGCAAAAGGGAAUAUCAUGAGGAAGAAGGUGGAAAAUAUGUUCUUUGGUGAACUAGAGAAACACUUUGGGGUCAUUUCACCCGCGUAA